UCUAUUAUGCUGAGAGUGUUGCAAUUGUCAUUUGCAGUGAUGCAAGGACUAUUGCAAUUCUGUUGUCAACUAAUGAGAGUAUUUGUUACAUGCAGUUUGCACAUGGUAAAGAAGAGCUCCAUCCAACUCAUUUCCCCAUCAAGAACAAAGCAGUGGUACAUACUUGCAAUUCAUAUGUUAACAGUCCCAGAUCAAGCCCGUAUGUCCCAAAGUGCCGCAUUCUUCCUCCUGCCAUGGCCAAAGCUGCUGUUGCUGCAAACCAAACAGCUGUCUCUAAAAUACCAGGAUAUACCAGCAUCAGCCCCAUCGCCAUCUCAUCUGAAAAAUUCAGCAAGAAUAGCUCCACCACAUUCUCCACACCUGAUCACUUUCUCAGAACCUACAUCUCUACCAGGCCAGAACAUUGCAAUAAAAGCCCAGCUGCCAACAUUAAAUCUGAAGACUCUAGAAUGGUUUUCACUGCUACCAUCAGCUCGGACUACUGGUCACCACAGGAUGAUGGCAUUGAGAUUGCCUUGCCUCAUCAAACUGAUAAAUGCAUAUCAAUGGCAGAAGUGGAUGCCUAUAUUCACAGUGUUCUCCAUGGUCCGGCUAUAAAGAAGAGGUUGCCUGUGUUCAGUGAGUUUUGCCCUGGAUGAAUUGCAGUACAAAUGCCCUUUUCUCAUGACGCGUAUACACUUCAAUGAAAAUUAUGAUAAUUCCGCAGAUUGUUCGAGAACCAUUCUUCUAUCUUUUGUGGUUUGGAUCUAAUCUUUACUCUGACUUGAUCAUGUCUAGUUAGUUGGAUCAGAUUGACACCAUCAGCUUGUUGAAUUCACUGACAUUCAUCUUUACCGAUACUGCAUUAACUGUAUAGGUACAUAUAAUAUACCAUAUACAGAUCGUGUAUACAUAUGGAAUUGUCAUAGAUGCUUUAUAUCACUAUGUCGCUGCAAUGAAGAACUUUUUCUGGUCUUGUA